AUGCAACUCACAAGUAUCCUCGGCCUCUGCCUAGUCGGCCUAGCCACUUCCGCCGCCGCCAUGCCCAGAAUCGCCGGUCCAUACCACGGCAAACCCCUCGCAGUCCAUGUCCCCGUCAACCUCACCACGACUGCCAACAAAGCAUCAACAACAGGCUCUCUAGUGAAGAAGCCCUUGACUACUGGAGCCCACCAUUCCCCGCAAAUGCAAAACUCGCCCAAUCUUCCCAACCACAUUAAGCACAUCAAUCAUUGCACGGAGUUGUGCUCGCUGGAGGCGCAGACGUGUAACAUCGCUGUGCCGGAUGAUGAUAAGUUUUGGUAA